GUUUCAUCCCUUUUUACAACAACUCUUGCAUUGUUAAGAUAACCUGGUCCUCUAGUGGCUAUUACAACAAAUCCUGCAAUCAACAUGGGUAUCGGACCACCACGUUUAGACAAGUACAUGAGAAUCCUCUCUCGACUCUUUGAGUUCCUUGCCCUCUUUCAUAUCCUUAAAAGAGCCAACGGUCCCCAUACCGCCGUCUCCCGGCCCCCUACAGACCUGCAAAGCGCAAGACGAAGGUUUCUUUCAAGUUUAUGCUUUUUUUGCGACUACCAAAAAGGCGGCAAAACAACAACUUCAAUAGCUCUUGAGUCUCGGGACAACGGUGUUGUAUUUUGGAUUGCAUCGAACGUGUCGCCAAAUGAUAGCGUUGUCGCGUUUCUGUCUACUGUCUUAGAAGAUUUACGAAGAGAACCAAACUCUACGGAGACAGAAAGACAAACGCUGAUAGCAAUGUUAACAGUUAGAUCCAUCCAAUUUUCUGCUUCAAGGUUAAGAAAAGAACGUGGAAUGCUAAAUCGGGCUACGCGUUUCUGCGAGACUUACUUAACAGCCAAUCUCGACACUAUACAGACACCUGGUGAGACAGAAGUGGUCACAAAGAGACAUUCAGCUGACAAGCAAGUAGGAGUUGCCGCUCUACUAGACUGGUUACCCCAAUUCUCCUCUGACACAACCGACCCUCUAAUCCUUUGUCGAGCUGCUUACAAUGCUCGCCACGCUCCUCAGAUAGCAACAUUAGAGGCUCUACGACAGGAGCUGAUAGUGGCUCCACAAGGAACAGCAGAAUCAUUUCGUUCUGUCAAGCAUCUCGUUGGCCGUCUAGCUGAGAAGAUUCGUACACCUGCCAAUCUCGUUAAUGACUCGCUAUUACUGAGACCUCUUCUGGACUCCUACGAAAUCAGAAGAGUAGAAGCCCCAGUCGCAGCAAAGAUACCUAUGACAGAUGGCUUAAGAAACUUGGAUUCAAUAAUCAGAAGAAUGCUUCCUGCUGACGAUCCACGCCUAGAGGACCUGCAAGUCUAUCUAGGGCAAUUGGAUGGCUCAUUGGGGCUUGAAGAUGCGAUCAGGGCUAUAUCUGACGACGAGGAAAGACAGCACAAUGUCCACGCGGAAAUCCAAAUGCUCGAAGAAUUUCAUCGAAAUCAACGCAAAUUUGUGGCACAUGAUCGUUACAUAGCCUGCAGCAAGCUUGCAUGCUUCUGCUGCAAAUUAUACUUCAAAUGGCAUCCUGGUAGAUUUGUGGAGCCCGAAUGUCAUCAAAAGACAUAUCUCAACUGGCGUCCUAUCGAUCUACCUGAGCGCGUGGAGAGCGAGUACUGGCCAGAUCAACGCCGUGUUUUGGCAAACCUUAGCAAAGAGCUGAGCAACCUUGUCGAGGAGCAGAUUAUUGCCCAACAACAGCCAACCCCAUGGCAUCCAGACUCAAUAACGAACAUCACCGCGGUCAUGGGAUCUGUCGCAAUUUCUGAAGUUGGAGAAGUGUUUGAGAGCGGUGAUGGAGAAAGUGAUGAAGUUACAGAUUCCGAUUCACUGGCGCAUCUCAAUGAUGAUGAGACUGUUGAUAACACUGAUAAUGAGUCUGGAGAGAGUGACGAGGAAUCGGAUGGAGGUGUAGGUUUGGGUUAUUGACUUAAUUGGAGAAGGCAUCAACCAAAGUGGAGGUCAUAAUCCCUGCCUCGCACUUCAGGUAACCCGAUUAGUGAAGGGGUUGUUUACUCAAGGCUGCCAAUGAUGGAUCAAUGGACGAUUGAGGCAUAUAGUUAUCUUGGUAUGCAUUUUCAACGAAAGUUUGUAGCUAAGACUUCUGCUUUCUGCUUUUC